UCCUCACCACGCCAAAGUCAGAAGAAAAGCCCGGGAGAGAGAGAGAGAGAAUAAAAAAAAAAAAAAAAAAACAGAAACCAAACCGUUUUUCUGAACCGGCCGAAACAUGUCGAACCCGAAACACAAGGGCCGAGACUACCCGUCGGUGACAAAGUGCAGAGAGAACACAAAGACGUCGUACGAAUCGAUCGCCGCCGAUCUGGACGGGACGCUUCUCAUCUCCAGAAGCUCCAUCCCUUACUUCAUGCUCGUGGCCAUUGAAGCCGGUAGCCUCCUCCGAGGCUUCAUACUCCUCCUUUCUCUCCCUCUCGUCAUCAUCUCCUACCUCUUCAUCUCCGAAGCCAUCGGCAUCCAAAUCCUCAUCUACAUCUCCUUCUCCGGCCUCAAGAUCCGUGACAUCGAGCUCGUUUCCCGCGCCGUUUUGCCUAGGUUUUACGCGGCGGAUGUGAGGGCGGAGAGCUUCGAGGUGUUCGACCGGUGCAAGAGGAAGGUGGUGGUGACGGCAAACCCGACGGUGAUGGUGGAGCCGUUUGUGAAGGAGUUUCUUGGCGGAGACAAAGUGCUGGGAACGGAGAUCGAGGUGAAUCCGAAGACGAAGAAAGCCACGGGGUUCGUGAAGAAGCCAGGUGUUUUGGUUGGGAAAUGGAAGAGGAUUUCGAUCUUGCGGGAAUUUGGGGAGGAAUCGCCGGACAUUGGGAUCGGUGACCGUGAAUCUGAUCACGAUUUCAUGUCUGUUUGCAAGGAGGGCUAUAUGGUGCACCCAAGCAAAUCAGCACGUCCAAUACCACUUGAUAGCCUUAAAAGCCGAAUCAUCUUCCACGAUGGCCGUCUAGUUCAGCGUCCUGACCCACUCAACGCCAUCCUCACCUACAUCUGGCUUCCAUUCGCAUUCGUCCUCUGCAUCUUGCGCGUGUACCUCAAUCUCCCACUCCCCGAACGCAUCGUGCCGUACACGUACGCGAUGCUGGGGAUCAAGCUCGUGAUCCGCGGCAACCGACCACCCCCACCAUCCCCUGGGACGCCAGGAAACCUCUAUGUAUGCAAUCACCGUUCAGCUCUCGACCCGAUCAUCAUAGCCAUCGCGCUCGGACGUAAAGUCUCGUGUGUCACAUACAGCGUGAGCAGGCUCUCCAGGUUCCUAUCUCCAAUCCCAGCCGUUGCUCUGACUCGAGAUCGUGCGGCUGACGCGGCCAGAAUAGCUUCGCUGCUUCAGAAAGGCGAUCUCGUGGUGUGCCCGGAGGGGACCACUUGCCGUGAGCCAUAUCUGUUGCGAUUCAGUGCUUUGUUCGCAGAGAUGAGUGAUAGGAUCGUACCCGUGGCAGUCAAUUGUAAGCAGAACAUGUUUUACGGGACCACAGUUCGUGGGGUCAAGUUCUGGGACCCAUAUUUCUUCUUCAUGAACCCGAGGCCCGUCUACGAGGUGACUUUUCUGGAUAGGUUGCCGGAGGAGAUGACGUGUAAGGCAGGUGGGAAAUCAGCGAUUGAGGUGGCCAAUCACGUGCAGAAGGUGCUGGCUGAUGUGCUGGGGUUCGAGCGCACUGGAUUAACCAGGAAGGAUAAGUACUUGUUGCUGGGUGGGAAUGAUGGGAAGGUGGAGUCCAUUCACAAUGCCAAAAAGGGAUAGAGGAUAGAGGUAUAGAAAGUGGUUCCGUCUUUUGUGGAAUCUGUUAGGGGUAUUAUGGUCAUUUCAAUGGAUAGGAAUAGUCCAUCAUAAAGUGUUUUUUUUUUUUUUUUUUUUUUUUUUUUGGGGCUACAUAAUACAUGUGGAAGGGUAUAAUAGUUCAAAUUGUAACGAAUGUUAAAUUCUUGAUGUAACCAACUGCUUAAUGUGAUUGAUGAUUAGUUGGUAUAAUAUGAUUUGGUGAAUUUAAGAGGGACUCUCAAUUUUAUUUA